CCCAAAAUGCUUCUCACGCUCAGGCAUGACUACGGGCAGCUGAUCAUGCUGCCCUCCCCAACCAAGAAGGCCACGAGCAUCCUGCCGGAGCACCAAACCGAUAAGCCGGCAAAGGCUGGGGGCCACGGGCUGCGCAUAGCACUAUGCUUGGCGGCCGCGGUGCUCGUCGCAGGCGUCGUAACGAUCGCAAUCGUGCUCACGACGAGCGACGGCAAAAAGAACAACCAUAGCGACAGCCCCGGCGUCGCCGCCGCCUACGCCGCCGCCUUCGCGUCGUCGCCGCCGCUGACCGUGGCGACGUAUGAUGACUGCGCCCAACUCCUCGCCGCGCGCGAGUCGUCGGGCCCCUGCCCCGCGAGGGGCGGCGCCGACAACGCCCCGCGCCGCAUCAAGGAGGUCCGGGGCGGCCGCUGCCGGAGCCGCGACGGCUGGCUGCGGGGCGGGCCCGUCUUCGCGACGGCCGAGGACGGCGGCGCCGAGGACACCCCUACCUCAGAGGACUUCUCGGGCACGAACGUGCAGGAGGAAGGCGUCGACGAGGCGGACACGGUCAAGACGUCCGGCGACUUCAUCUACAAGGUCGGGGAGAUACGGGGCGGCGAGCGCGAGGACGACGGGUCGUUGGAGGACUGCGCCUAUCGCCUGUCCGUGGUGGAGGACGGAGUGGACGGUCUCGAACUCGUCGCUUCUGUAGACCUGGAACCGCUGGCGACGACGCCCGAGGCCAUGUUCGUGCAAGGUGACGUGCUACUCCUCUACGGGAGCGCUGAGGUGAUCUACGACGAUACCGAUGCGAAAAGCGACGACUACGACUACUGUAAUAAAGGUGAGCCCGCGACGGUGGUCCUGACCUUCGACAUCACCAAUCCGGCGCCCGUACUGCUGCGACGGCAAAUUAUCGAGGGCUCCUACGUGAGCGCGCGAAAGGUCGACUCGUACGCUUAUUUGGUGCUCGCCAGGCGGACGUACUGGGCCGACCCCCGGUCCAGCGUGCCCUUCUACCAGCGCGAAAACUCGACGUGGAUGGAGCCGGCCGUGGCGUGCGACGAGGUCGUGUUCCUCAAUACCGUAUCUGAAAACUUAGACGACUUUACGGUGGUGGCCGCGAUUGAUAUGGACGACGUAGACGCAGAAACGACGUUCCAGGUCAUUGCUGGCAAAGCCGCCGACGGCGCGGUCUACGCCUCCCGAAACAAUAUUUACCUCGUGCUGGCGGAGUGGACCUACUAUCAGAGCGCUUCCUAUACACGUUCCGUGUUCCUGAAGCUGCGGUUAAGUGGUCCAGAGGUCGCCUUCGACACGAUGAUGUGGGCCCCAGGCCAGCUACUCAAUCAGUACGCCAUGAGCGAGGCGGACGGGAUGUUUAGGGCAGCGACGACGUCGAGGGCGGUCUCGGGCUGGUGGUUCGACACGAGCAACAACCUCUACGCCUUCGACGCGGCAGGCAACGAAGUAGGUGCCGUCGAGGGCCUCGCGCCGGGCGAGACCAUCAAGGCCGUGCGCUUUACUACGGAUAGGUGUUAUUUGGUGACCUUUGUGCAGACUGAUCCGUUGUUCUCGGUGCAUAAAUCAAACUGUGACGGCGCUCGCUUCGAUGGCGUGGCGGCCGCACCCGACUCACUGAUUGAUUUGCGCACAGGUUGUUCGUCAUUUCUCUCGACGAUGCGGUCCCGAAGGUGCUGGGCGAGCUCAAGAUCCCGGGCUUCUCGUCGUACCUCCACCCGGUCAACGCCACCCAUAUGAUAGGAGUGGGCCGCGACGCGGACCCGGAGACGGGCACGGAGCGGGGCCUCCAGUUCUCGCUGUUCGACGUCUCUGACGAGCUCAAUCCGCGCCAGGCCGCCGUGCUCGUUGUCGCUGACCGCGGCUCGGACUCCGAGGCCCUAGACGACGCCAAGGCCUUCCAGUUCUGGUCCGCGAGCGACCUACGCGCCGCCGGCGUCGCCUCGCCGGGAAUCUUCGCCGUGCCUGCCCAACUCGCGUCGCUGGCGCUCGCGAAAGAACGGGGCUCCACCGAUACGUCGGUCUGGGCGACGGGCGCGAACUACUUCCAAGGGUUACUCAU